AUGCCUGAAUAUAUAUAUGCGGGCUAUAUAAAGUUACCAGUUCGACAGUACAUUCCGAAUCUAUUAAGAUGCUACCAGUGCCAGCGAUAUGGUCAUUCCAAAGUUAAUUGCUGUGUGACACUAACUUGUGCCCUUUGUGCUGAAAAAGGGCAUGACAGCCAGCAGUGCACCGCAAAAGAAAAGUGCGUGAACUGCGGUGGUGAUCACCCUUCAUAUGCUCGAUCUUGCCCACGCUGGAACUUGGAAAAACAAGUGACAUCAUUAAAAAUAAAAGAACAUUUAUCAUACCCCGAAGCCAGGCGUAGGGUCCAAACUCAAACUCCUACUACUGGUGUAAGUUAUGCUUCCGUUGUCCAAAAAUCAUUUUGCAUAAAUUGUUCCUGUGAGAACUGUAUGAAGCAGACUUCAAAGACAAAACCUCCUGCAAAAACUUCUGAAUCUGAUUCUGAGAAUUCUGUUAAAAGCCUUCCAGAAUCUCCUAAACCUGACCUGUCAACAUCUAAAAAAAUUCGGAAUAAAAAAAACCCUCAGUCCUCACUGACAUUAAAACUCGCAAAACGUGAUCUUUCAUAUAAAGACCUUUCCUCGAAACUGCAAAAGUCUACUUCACGGAAUUCAGUUGCUUUGGGGUUGGCGAAAGAUGGAAUAGCCCAUAAGGACUUAACGUCCAUUUUUGGGGGCAAACCAACCAUUCCCGAUUUUAAGCUCCAUCCAUCGGAGGAUGAAGAUGCACUUGAUAUGAGUUGCGAAGAUCAGGCAACUCCAAUAAAUGGCCAUUCCCUCUACUUUUCCAAACCUCGCUCAUAA